AACGUGAGCGCGACCCGCGACGCACCUUUUACCACAUUCUUACCUGUGUCUGUGUUUUAUUAUUGCUGUGUUUGGCAUCCGCUUCCUCGCCCUUCGUGUCGUAUAUUCGAGUGCCGCUGAUUGAGGAUCGGAUCUAAAUUCGGGAACCCGGAGGUCCUUUGGAACUGGUGCGAUUGUGCUCUUCACGGUCGUCCGGUGUGUGCCAUUGUUGUGCCGCGUUGUUUACCAGCGAUCCAUCGGCCUGUGCCCAAUCCAGGUUCGGGAACCAACAGGAUUAACGCAGGGGAAUUAUGUGACCGUGUUCGGUGGAGAGACGCGGCGAAUCGACCAAGACAGGAAUGCGCGGAAUGUGAUGGACAGCUAGUAUGUCUAAUGGCCGGUCAUGAGCGGCAUCGGCACCGGCGGGCCGUCGACGGCGGCGGCGCUGCGUGCGGCGGCGUCGGCUGGCGAUGUGCCCGCCUGCUCGCGCCUCUUGGCGGGCGCGCGAUGCGUCCGCUUCUCGCGAGACGAGGCGGGUCGUUCCGCCCUGCAUUUGGCCGCAAGCGCCGGUCACACGGCCGUCCUCCGCCUGUUGUUGGGGGUGGCGGCGCCACGGGAGGUCGACGGGGCGGACGGCGCUGGCUGCACGCCGCUACAAAGGGCGGCGGCCGACGGUCACGAAGAAGUGCUGAGACUGUUGCUGGCGAAAGGCGCCGAUGUUGACCGCCAGGACGCUUUGCACGGCAACAGUGCACUGCACGAAGCCUCCUGGAAGGGCUACAGUCGUUCGGUGCGCGUACUGGCUGCCGCCGGCGCCAAACUGACGACCGUCAAUGCUGGUGGCUUCACCGCCCUCCAUCUAUGCUGUCAGAACGGUCACAACCAAUGCUGUCGUGAAUUGCUGUUGGCCGGUUGCGACCCCGACCUCCAGAACAACUACGGGGACACCGCCCUCCACACGGCCGCCCGCUACGGUCACGCGGGCGUCACGCGUAUCCUUAUUUCGGCGCAGUGUCGCGUCAGCGAACAGAACAAAAACGGGGACACCGCCCUGCAUAUUGCGGCCGCCAUGGGGCGACGGAAGCUGACGAGGAUACUGUUGGAGGCGGGCUGCGACAAGAGCGUGCGCAACAAGCAAAUGGAGACGGCGAGGGACAUCGCGAUGCGCAAGGAGUUGCGAGAGAUACUCGGGAUUCUGGACGAGUGCGUGGCGAAGAAGGAGAGACGUAUGGCGAAGGCGAAGAAGAGGAGCAAGAGCAGAGUGCGGUUCGAUGCCAAAUUGGGCGCAGAUACGACGGACGCCAGCUCAAAACCGCGGCACUUCUCCCCUUACGGCUGCCACUAUUACCCGGACCCAGAAGCCUUCCCGUCGCCCCGGCUCGACUCCCUGCCCCAGGAGCCCUUAAAACGGGGCGAACAAUAUUACCUCGACUUGGCCGGUAACAUUUGUAAAGGUCCGGUUGGCGUCGGCUACACCUGCUACUGCGCCCCACUAUUCCGCCACCUCGAAGCGAGAUUGGAGAGGGACAAGCGGGAGCUGCAACGCGCCCAAGUGCGGCUCGGACAAAGGGUGGCGGGCCUGGAGCAGAAGUUGACAAGGGGUGUGCACGGCAGGAGAUCGGAACGGGUGGUUGUUCAUAGGGAGGUGGAGGACGCGUUGCCCAGGUCGAGGAGUCUUGAGAUGCUCGACAAGAUGGAGAGGGCCCCGCUGCAGACGACGAGGAGCAUGGAUGAACUGGACCCCGCCGAAGGUGAAACGCGGCCAAGCGUCAAGGAACUGGUGGCCAGAAUCCAGCAGCAGCAAACCUACCCGAACGGCAACAACAGCGAGAGUAGCGACGACGAAGACCAACCGCUCCGCCUCCAUCAUCACCAAGGUCCGAUGGGCGACUCGAACCUCGUUCCGACUCCCAAUUACGAAAACAUCCCGGCAGAGGCUACCGCCCGCACCCGCACCGCCGUCUACAGUCCCACCCUCAUCGACUCGAACACGCGGUAUAUCGAACCGAUCGUCAAGAUCCAGGAGUCGAACAUCCGGUACAACGAGACGUACAGACUGCAGUAUUACGAGCAGGAGAUGCCGCAGCCGCCCAAGUACUUCGAUCACAGCGUGAAUGCCCGCCUGGCCAAGCUGAGAGUGUUGGAUAGCACGAAAGAACAGUUGGACGGCGGCAACCAUCACGACAACGCGGACAGAGACACGAACAACGAUUCGGGCUAUUCGACCAAAGUAUACGGAAGUUCGAAGGGUAACUCGCCCAGUUUGUCGGGGCAAAUCGACGGGGGCGAGUGUUUGGGGGCGUCCAGUUUGGUUUGACCCGGUGGCGGAAGUUUUGUGUGUUCGGAUGAAGACGAUAACGAGAAAUGAGGUUCAUGACCCGUGUUUUGAUUUAACUAAAAGAAUUUAUAUUUUUUACUAUUUUAUUUUGUUGUAUCUAUCGAAAUUUUAACGGACAUGCCAUUUUAACAAGUUGAUAUUUGUGAAACGUUCAUUGAAUUUUAUAUUUUAAAAUAUUUUAUUUGAAAAAUUGUUGAAUAAUAUGUAUAUGUAGUAUAUUAAUAAAGCAUAUAUUUUAUUA